AUGGAGGCCUUCAGAAGGUGUGUUAAUCAUUGUGGCUUAGAUGAUAUUAAGUCAAAUGGUUGUUACUACACUUGGAACAAUAAACAACAAGGUAGUGACAGAGUCUUUUCAAAAUUGGAUAGAGUACUUGGGAAUGACAAAUGGAGAGAUCAAUUCAGUACAGCAGAGGCUAUAUUUAUGGAGGAAGGCCUCUUUGAUCAUACCCCUACAUUGAUUAGAGUCCAUGAAGGGAGUAGGAACAUUAGAGCUCCUUUCAAAUAUUUUCAUAUGUGGAGUAUGGGAGAGGAGUUCAUAAGUAAAGUUCAGAAUGCUUGGAACUUUGAAGUCAGAGGAUGUGCAAUGUUUAAGUUCACCAAGAAGCUGAAACAGGUGAAGAUAGUGUUAAAAGAAAUGAACAAACAGGGGUUCUCUCAGAUCCAUAUUGAAGAUACAAAAGCACAAAUAGCUUUGCAAGAAGCUCAGAAGGUGCUACAUCUGAAUCCUAAUAGCAUUCAAGCCAGAGAGAGAGAACAAUUAGCUGCACAGGAGUAUCAGAAGGUUCAUGCUAAAUAUUCUUCUUUUAUGCAACAGAAGAGUAAACUAUCAUGGUUAAAAGAUGGAGAUGAGAAUUCAAAAGCAUUUCACAAUGCUUUAAAAACUAGAAGACUUCAGAACACUAUUUAUGGUGUUGCUGAUAUUGAAGGGAGAUGGGUUGAAGAACAAUGUCAAGCACUACUGGUACCUUUCUCUCCCGAAGAAGUGAAGCAGGCAAUUUUUUCUAUUCCUGGUGAUAAAUCACCAGGACCUGAUGGGUUGGGGCAGCUUUCUAUAAAGAUGCUUGGAGUAUUGUUGGUGCUGAGUGUCAAAUGUCCUGGUAAUGUCACUGAAUUCAGGCCAAUUGCGUGCUGCAAUGUUAUAUACAAGUGUAUAACCAAGCUGAUGUGUUCUAGAUUGAGCAAGAUUCUCCCUGAAAUUAUAGCUGCAAAUCAGGGUGCUUUCAUAAAAGGGAGAUUUAUAGCACACAAUAUCUUAAUUUGUCAAGAUAUUGUCAAGAACUAUGGGAAGAAGGAUGUUGCACCAGGUUGUAUCAUCAAAAUGGACCUUAAAAAAGCAUAUGAUUCAAUAGAUUGGUGCUUUAUUGAAGAGUUACUACAAGCUAUGAAAUUCCCCUCCAGUUUUGUGGAGAUGAUUAUGGAAUGCAUUAAAUCUCCUAGCUUCUGUUUAAUGAUAAAUGGGGAAUUAGUUGGCUUUUUCAAGGGCAAGAGGGGUCUAAGACAAGGUGACCCCCUCUCACCAUUGAUUUUUUUGAUAUGCAUGGAAUAUUUCAGUAGAACAAUGAAGAUUGUAGGUGCGAAAGAUGAUUUCCAGUUCCACCCUAGAUGCACUGGUAUCAAACUCAACCAUCUGUGCUUUGCAGAUGAUAUCAUCAUGUGUUGCAAAGGUGAAUUCAAGUCAGUACUGAGAAUGCUUCAAGGAUUCACUCACUUCUCUGAGUCUUCAGGGUUAGAAGCCAAUAAACAAAAAUCUGAACUGUUUACAGUGGGGUUAAAGCAGCAGGAGGUCCAAAGGCUCCUUAAUAUGUCAGGCUUCAGUUUGGGGAGUUUCCCUUUCAGUCAAAGUUCAGGGAAUGUAAAUUGGGACUCAGUAUGCUGUAGUAAAAAAGAGGGUGGUCUUGGAAUCAAAAAUGUUUUGAUUUGGAAUCAAGCAACUCUAGGGAGGUAUGUGUGGGCAAUUGCCUUAAAGAAGGACAAUCUCUGGGUAAGGUGGGUGCAUGAACAGUAUGUAAAAGAAGAAAAUUGGUGGGAGUACAACCAUCCUCAGCAAUGCAGUUGGUAUUGGAAAAUGAUAUGCCAGGUGAAAGACCAAUUCAAGGUGAACUUUUCUUUGCCUCAGAUAUUGAAUAUGGGGGUAUAUUCAGUAACAGAAGUUUACAAGAGGCAGAUGAAUGUGCAGCAGAGUGUGAGUAGGUAUGGUGCUAUCUGGGGUAGACUGAAUAUACCAAAGCAUAGAUUUCUAUGCUGGCUAGUAAUGCUAAACAGAUUGAAAACAGCAGAUAGACUAACCAAAGUGGGUGUGAUAGAUGAUGCUACAUGCUUAAUUUGUGGAUUAACAGAAGAGACUCACUGUCAUCUGUUUUUUCAAUGCUAUUUUAGCAAAGCAGUUAUAAGGAAAAAUUUUCAAUGGUUGCAAAUGCAGUCCCAUGAUACAUCAGUAUAG